AAUAAAUAAAAUAAAGAGUCCCCUCUUUCUCGGCUUCUCUCUCCCUUUCUCGCGCCUCUCUCAGAUCCGAAAGCCAAAAACCCUAGAAAGCGCGAAAGGGGCGAAGUAAGAGAAGACGAACAGGCAGUAAUUGGGUUUGUCAGGGUAUUGCUUUUCGAGCUCGAUUACUAAUGGCAUCGCAGCAACCUGCCGGAUCUUGCCCUACUGCCCAAGUGGUUGGGAACGCGUUCGUUCACCAAUACUAUCACAUCAUGCAUCAAUCUCCAGAUCUUGUUUAUCGCUUCUACCAGGAUAGCAGUAAGCUCGGCCGCCCCGAUUCCGAUGGUUCCAUGAGUAUUGUAACAACCAUGCAAGCUAUCAAUGAGAAGAUACUUUCUCUGGAUUAUAGCAAAUAUAGGGCAGAAAUAAAGACGGUGGAUGCGCAGGAUUCAUUCAACGGGGGAGUCAUUGUCCUUGUGACAGGGUAUUUGACCGGGGAGGACAAUGUGAGGAGGAACUUUACCCAAUCAUUCUUCCUUGCUCCCCAAGACAAGGGCUACUUUGUGUUGAAUGACAUAUUUAGGUACAUGGAAGAGGUUGAACAUCAUGAUGGGAACCAGGGUUUGCCUAAUGGCGUUGCUGCACCUCUUACUCCAGAGCAGAAUACUCCUCCAGUGCAAGAGCAUCCGGAACAAUCAUUUCCAGAAGAAGACGUCAAUGUGGAGGAGGUUUAUAAUCCUUCUGACAACGAGGAAGGUUCAGUGGUGGAAGAAGAGGCACCUGUUGCUGAGGUUGUUGAUGAAGUUCCAAUUGAGUCACAGAUGGUUACUGAGCCUUGCUCUGCAGUCCAAGAAGAAGUGCCUAAGAAGUCAUAUGCAUCAAUUGUGAAGGUUAUGAAAGAGAGUGCAGUGCCUCUAUCAGUUCCAACGCCUCCUGCUGCAAGACCAGCACCUGCAAACCAAGAACGACAAGUGGUCCCACCUCAGUCUACAGUUUCAUCAAAUGAGGCACCAAUUUCCAACCCAAAUGCCACUGAAAAUGGCAGUCAUCAAGAAGGAGAAGGUGAUGGUCACUCAAUUUAUAUAAGAAACCUUCCAUUAAAUGCUACAUCUGCACAGCUUGAGGAAGAGUUUAAGAGGUUUGGACCUAUCAAGAUCAAUGGUGUUCAAGUUAGAAGCAAUAAGCAACAAGCAUUUUGUUUUGGUUUUGUAGAAUUUGAGGUGUCAAGUGCUGUGCAGAGUGCAAUAGAGGCGUCACCCAUUAUGAUUGGUGGUCGACAAGCUUUUGUUGAGGAAAAACGGGCUUCAAGCUCUCGAGUAAAUAAUAAUAGGGGUCGAUUUCCACCUGGGAGGGGAAAUGGAUUCAGGAAUGAUGGAGCUAGAGGACGUGGAAACUAUGGCGGUGGUAGGGGUUUUGGCCGGAAUGAUUUCAACAACAGGAAUGAGUUCAUCAGGAAUGGUGGUGGCAGCAGGGGAGGAUCUUCAAGUCGUGGAGCUGAUGGUGGAUAUGGCAGCCGCAUGAACCGUGCCGGUGGUUUAGCUGUUAAUGGAAUGUCCAAGUCUGUGGCUCCAAGGGUGCCUGCUACUGCUUGAGGUACUGGAAGUAAGAAGGUAUUUGUUGGGCAGUUAAACAUUAUUAAUGGAGAUUGACUUGAUAUCAAGUACAUUUGCAACAUUGUUUUCUUCCAGCAGUGGGAGUUAGAUGAGGUACUUUUUGUUAGAUCUUUCUUAUAGGCCUUUCUUUUUGCUUUUCAUUUUUUCCUCCCUUUUUAUGCCAUUUUGGGCAUAAGCGGCAGUAGGUAAAUGGUACAUGACUAGUUGCUAGUGCUUGUGUAGCUAUUUUCUGCAAUUUUGUAGCUUCUACAUUCUUUUUGUGGAAGAUUUAAAUCUGGUUUAAGGUUCAGGCUUUUCUUCAAGGAUUGAACCAGGGGAACCAAUGGAUAGACUGUAUUAAUGCUUC